GAUACUGCUGCUGCAAGCGCCUCAGCGGGUGAUCAAAAAAAUAGUGAAAGUGACUGUUUGGCUGUCUCGGCAUCUACGGCGCCGCCUUCAUUGACAGAAGAGAAUAAAAACGCUGAGGACAGCGGAGCUGGAGCAAGAAGCACUUCUGACCUCGCUAUUACUACCAGCGUAUCUCAUGUGGAAGCCAUAACGAUCCCGUCAGUGGCCGUGUCAACAUGCCGUGAUGAAUCCAAAAUGUCUUCAGUGGUUGACGGUAGGGAAGUGGUCUGUGGCAAUUCAACAUUGAUAAGUGAAGUUCCUCCCACAAAUGAAGUUAAAAUCAGUAUUGCUACCCACGACGCUGUAACUGAUGUUGCUGGGACUGUUGUGGUAACGCCUCUUGCUUCUUUGACCAAGACCUCCACUACAACUUCCAGGAACUUAUAUGAGCAAACCAAGUUUAGUGUUGUCGAAGUCAGUGACGCAAAUGAAUCGUACAUUUCUGAGAGUGUGAUUGUGUCGACAGCUUCAAGACCCGAUGACAUACCUACAGGCGCCUGUGCGCUGGCAUCUCAAGCCCCUGUGACCGGAGUUCCGGACGAAAUUGAGCCUCGGGAUAAUUUGUCAGGACCGAUUUAUAAUGAGACUGUAACUGAAAAAGAAGCUUUAGCUCCUGUAGCGUGCGAAGCGAAAUUAGUUGUACGAAGUUCAUGUGAAUCUGGGGAAGAUAAUUCGUCUGAUCUACCUGAACCAAGUGCUUGCCUUGACGUGACUUGCGAACCUGCAACGGAAGUUGGUAAACCAGAUAAAACUGCAAUCUCUAAGGCAAUGUGUACAGAAAAAACUUCAUUAUCAUAUUUGUCCACAACUUCAAUGUUUUAUGCUCAAGACACAUCAAUGGAAGUGAAUGAGAAAUUUGAAGACGAUGCUAAAUCACCAACCAAUAGAGCACCAAAAAUUUCUAAUGUGACGAGUCUGACUGAUGCCGCUAAUGCAAUGGAUGCAACCAACCCAGUGCUGCUCGAUGGUGCAAUAGAAGCGGAGUCGGUAAUUUCAACUGUAGUACAAACCAUUCAAUGUGAAAAAAUUAUUCCGCCCUUGCUAACAUCCCAAGAAACCAGUACGGAACGCCCGAAAUCUCUGGAAAAAUUCGACUCUCUAAACAUCUCAGCUCCUAACAAAGGAUUGCCUGCCAAAAACGAGCCCAGUAGUGCGAUGGUGGCCGAUGAGGGAUCUCCUAGCUCUAGCUCAUUGGGUGCGAAUCAUUCAGGUUCACCAUCGGAUGGAGAACCAUGCACUUGGUCGGAAAAGUCGACGCUGCUAUCAACUUCUAAAUUAUCACGUCAGUCUCCUCUGACAUCAUCUUACGAAAUGUCCGACAAGGUGCACAGCUCAUCGCAUAUUGAAAAACGAGAGUUAGCACCGUUGGAUCCUAAUUUAUGCAAGUCUGGCGAGAAGGUAGAAAUAUUACAGGUUUCAUCGAUGUCACCUGACCUGUGUACUGAUGUUCGUCAUGUUGACCUUGAGCCUCAUAACAUUAUCGAGUCUUCAACUGUGAAGCUCAUCACGAAAGCUUCUUCUCAAGAAAUACAUUUUCCUGCGAAUCACAAAUUUGUGUCACCAGUUCCGGCAGCGUCUCGUGAGCAGUCGCAUGUGAAUAUUGAACUUGAAAAUCAAGGCAGCUUAAUUGAAACAAAUUUGAAAAUUGAAAAUGAACCUGCAGUAACGGAUAAUUCUGAUAUUUUGGAUGCAGUUGUAAUGCCUGCAAAAUGUUAUAGCCUCUCUGAUUCAAGUCUUUUCAUUGACCCCUGUAAAAUUAUAACAUUUGACAAAGGCCCAUCGGGCGACAUGAGCAGGGCCCAAAAACUCACCGCCAGUCUCUUCGAGCCGCCAAAACCAGGCUCCUACCGCACCCGUCGCUCCAUGGUCUAUGGCUACAAGACAGAUAAACGGAUUGUCGAGAUGACAGGUGAAAACCAUUGCGUUCAGCUCGAGAAAGCUAUCACUGAGCAGCUCCAGAGUUCUUUCAACAAGCGAGGGAGGUGCUACUUGUGUGCUUCUUUCACGGAGUCGAUGGCAUCUCACAUGGCGGAAGCCCACAUAUGUUUGAGUUUUCGGCCAUUGUUCAGCACUCCGUCAUUUUACCACCACUGGCUCGAACGUUACAUGGACUUCCCUAUACGUUACUCUGAUGAAUUGUAUGGAAAUCCUUGUUACUUGUGCGCUCAAUGUGACUUCUGGAGUAAACGUGUGGACCGAGCGUGGGCACACGCCCAAGAACAUCAAUCAGUAUACCAAGUGAACGAAUGCAAAAGCCGCUCCCCAAACUGUUCAUGCCCUGUGCCGGUGUUCUCGUUUAAACUCUUUCACUGGAAGAAAAGUUUCCAGAAGUCGUCAGUGUGUCAUUUGUGUGAAAGUCGAUUUCAUUGCACCGAGGGUCUGGAAAUGCAUCUGAAGGGUGUACAUUUGUCGGGCUCAAUGUGUCGUGCAUGUCGAAAGGUUAUUUCGCUGCCCCUGCUGGAGCACAACGAGCUGCACCGAGCAAACACCGACAGCCCCCAGCCUGAGUUACUUACAUCACCUAUCGACGUGAGCGACAUAUCCCGCAAUAUCGUGGAUAAUUUAAUCAAUUAUUUGGAUGGCCGUGACUUCAGACUCCCAUCUCUAGGAAGCAAGCUAAUGAAUGAUCGUUCGAAAAUGAUACUCCCGCUUUACAAUGCUCCUGAAGAGUUCAUAGUAUCGCAAGAUUGCCUCAACCCGCUGGAGAGAGAAUUGAAAAAAUACAAGCGAACAAAAUAUGUCAUAAAAUUACCGGCAGAUGACGUACUACUUCCAUUCAAUUUCGACGUCCCCGUUCAAAUGCUUCUACAGAAAAAAUGCUCUCAGUACCGCAAAGGCCGAAAGCUAUUUAGUAUCAGCCGACCGACCGUGAAAGAGGAUGAUUUGUUUUCUGUUCUGGCUCUAAAACGAGGCCGGGGGUUCGUUUCCUCUCGAAGAAAAUCCUUUCGUGUGACCGCGGCGCCCGCCACUCCAGAGUCCGCCGCUAUUGAAGAGCUUAAAGCUCCUAGUGCCUCUAGCGCGCCUGCCGAUAGCGAGAAGGAGCUGCAACAACAGGAGCCGAACAACGACAAUGCUGCUUGUGAUGUUCGAGGAGAGUGGAGUGAAGAUCACUACUUCGUGUGCUGUGCCUGCGGUGCCGUCGAAGAUGACCUGGCAGAGAUCAUGGACCACAAGUGGGCGAGGCAUGCGGGAGUUUUGUGCGCACACACCAUGAUUGCCGGCAAGGACUCUGUGCCCUUGCAGUUCUGUCACCAGUACAGACCUGCCAGUCAAAGAAGUGUGCUGCUCGAACUUCCGCUUGGGGAUCGCUGUUCUCUCAAUACCACAAAUUUCUUGAAGCCGGAGAAAGUUCCAGCGUGUUCGAAGUGUCAGUUGGAACUCUCAUCGAUCACCAAACUUCAUGCCCAUAUGGUGGACUGUGGCGGCCUCUCACUUAUGACGACUCCUAAAUAUCUCAAGAGAAAUAAGAAGAACUCGAGAUUCAACAGACGGAAAGGUCAAGGUAUUCCAAGUCGUCUGAGUGUGCAAUCUUCUAGUGCAAGUACACCGCUCAAGGAGAUAGAGAGAGAGCGUGGCUACGAGAGCGCCGCUACGUCCGUCAUCAAGCGACGCCUCGAGGGCGCCGUGCAGUCCAUUGAUAACCGCCUGCUGAAGAAACGCCUCACUGACAUCAUCCGCGCCAACAGCCUGCCCAGCAGAUUUAGACUUGGGACUUCGAGCGGCCGUCGCUAUGGGCGCAUGAGGCUCCGGCGCAAAUAUAGCACCGAGGAUUCGUCCAACAGAGUGACGAGGUCAUCUGGCAAGAAGUCGCUUACACCCAAAGCUGCGGGUAAGCCCGUUGACGAUGACGACGAUGUCGUGUCGCGCAGCCGCCCUGGCAAAGUCGUCAGAGUCGAUGGAAAAUCGAAGAAGAAAGAACAAAGUGACCGAGAUAUAAAUCAAACUCAGUCUAAAAUCCUACCGUCGUUCACUCAGAAGCGUAAUGGUGAUAAAACUGCAGUCGAACGUUCAGCUGGUAGAAACCGCGUUAACAGUAAAGACUUGAAUAAAGUUUCGCGAGAAGAAAACUCUGUCAAGAACGGUUCCGCGGCGUAUUUGGACGCGACAGCACCACUUCACAGGCAUCCCAAAAUGUUCAAGAGACUUCGAACUUGGAAUGGAACGAAACUAUCCAAAAGCGAGGUUGAGACCGGGCUGCCCAGUGAGAGGAAUAAGAAGUUUUCACCUUCCGUUAAGUCUGCUUUUUUAAAUCGUUCCAAGCAAUUGAGGAAACAAUCAGCACUAAAGCUAGAAAAUAAUGGAGCGAAACUCCUUUCUAACAGUUCAGAACCGAGUCGCUCGUCGAGUUAUCAUGACAGCAGGUCGUCUAGCACCACAAUCGCCUCAUGCCGAGGGCGAAGAAAUUCAUCCUCCAACGCAACGAGCCGAUGUUCAAGUCCUGCUGUACAGAACAGCGGUGGCAGGACGGCAGGACGUUCCCUGCGACCCGACCGCCCGUCAGAAGGCAGCUACCGACCACAGCGCAUACUGAGUGAUGAUUCGGAGGACCUGGACAGUGGCGAUGAAGGGGAUGCAGUGAGGUCCAGAGUAGACGAAGAUGCUGGAGGAAAGGACAAGGAUGCUUGGGCAAGGACGAGAGGACGAAGGUUUGGGUGUCGUUUGACCGGCAGAAACAUGCGCACUCUAAGGCCUUCAAAUAUGCGAUACUCUUUCCGUCCUUGUGUUUCAGAUACUAAGCACUCCAAUGAGUCCAGUGAUUAUGAUUCUGAAAAUUCGGAAAAUUUUGCGAAACCUUCGUAUCGGAGUGGUGAUCCCGACGCCUAUCUUCCUCGCCGUCGUAAACGAAUUGAGAAAAAAUCGUUCUUCGAGAACGUUCCUAAAGCCAUCAAGAAAUUUGGGGCAGGGCUUUCCGUCCUGCCUACGAAAUGGAAACGAAUCCUGCAAGCACCAUCUCUUGACAGCAGGGAUUCUUCAUUAGAUAGUUUAUCCAGCAUUGAUGAUAGGACCGGCAACCAGUUACCAUCAUCAGCUAGUGAACCUACUUGUGAUCAUGCCGUAUCGCAAGGGAAGAAAAUUCCUGUGAAAACUAAAACUACUAAUGAUACUUCAGAGUCAAAUACGAGCUCUGAUGCUCCUAGCGAUUCUACAUCACGUGGCGUCCGUAAGUCUUUGAGUAAACACUUGAAGCCGAACUUGUCAAAAUUAAAAUCUCAGAAGCUGACGAAAGCUGUCCAGCCGUCGACUAAUACCGAUAACGAGAUCAAGAGUGUCCGUUGUUCAGACCGUGUGCAGUUCAAGAGAGGCCUAAUUCCAUCAAGAGCCCGGAAAAUUCGCAGGAAAUGUGCUCUGAUUGCCAAGGAACUGAGCAAAAAUGUGCUCCAGAAUGAGAUGAACGCAGCUGAUGGUGAUGCGGCGUCUGUUAGCAAAGGCCUUACUGAAAGUAAUUCAUAUGAAACGCCCAAGAAAAUAGUUCCAAAAGCACCCCGUAAGAAAAUGAAAUUAACUAAAGCAGAAAUUUCUCAGGCGGAAAGUAAGCGACCAAUAUCGCUGUCACAAGAUUCUGGUGCCUUAUCGAUCGGUGGUCGAAGAAACGCCUCUUCUGAUGAAGAUUUUCAUGGAAAUCGUGCAGACUUCAGCGGCGAGAAAUCCAAGUCUCAUAAAUCUGGCAACCCAUCUUCUGAGAUUAUGAAACCAGCAUUUGAGGGAUCCAAGACUAAAAAAGUUAUACGUAAAGGGAGCUUCAGAAAUAAAAAGUCUAGAUUACCAAGCCCUGAUCUUCCUCUUGACGCAGCGUCAACUAAUGGACCAGUCCCAUUGACGGUUGAUGAAGCACCCGCCUCAACGAAUAUUCAAUCUACAGAGCCAAAGAAAUCUGGAUCAUCGCUUAAAGGAAAGUCUUGUAAAAUAUCCAGAGCUAAAACGCAAUCUAUAACUUCCAUUAAAACAAAGGCUGUUGGAAAAUUUACCUCGAAAUCUAAAAAUUCUAGUGAAAAAGUGGAUAAAGGGGAAAUGAAAACUAAAGUCCAGGAUAAAACUUCCAUCGAUUUAGAUUCAAAGUUUGAAACAAAUCAUUUCAAAUCUUCAGCAGCCGAUGUCGAUGGAAGUAAAAAACGUUCGAAGACGCCUAUGGCUCGCGCUCGCUCAGCAUCGUCAGAUAGCAGAGUCGUGGUGCGGGCUAAGAAACCUCGACUAUCGUAUAAUGAAGAGUUAUCUCCCAACGAUGGCAUUGAUGUGAUCAGUGAGCGGGACAAGGUGAUGGCGUCAGUUGGUGAUUCUUCAUCAGAAAAGCCACAAGAAAAAUUGCAAGACUCUGCUCUACUAACCAAAAAAUCAAACCAGAUUGCGUCAAGCACGCCAGUUGAUUUGUCACAAGAUAAAUUAAAACUAAAUGAACCAAAUAAGAAAAAUAUCGGAACUAAAAGUGUUGCUAAGAAAAGAAACUUGUGCGUGAAACGCAAACGUUGUGAUGCUGUUGCUCCCGAAUUCUUUUGUAGAGAGUGCGGCCUUCAGUUUGGAUCUUCCGAGUCGCUGCUCUCGCACGACCGCGACGACUGCGCCAACAUCGUGUACGGCAUGGGCCUCAUGGCUGAUGACCAGCUCUACGAAUGUCCUCAUUGUCAUCUCACCUUUGCCUACAAAUCCACACAGAAAAAACAUUCGGCUUCUUGCCGUAAUCCACGAGCCCGAAAGCAGCAACAUAAGACUUUAUCCAAUGGUCCCAGCGUUUUAGAACCAUCAUUUCCGUUAAUUCCAACAAAUUUGAUCGCUUGUAAUGUAAAACCGAGGACUAGUAAACGUGACGCUAUCGUAUUGAAGGACGAAGGCUGCAUUAAAGCUGCUAAACCUUAUUCUUUCAAGUCCAAGUCGCCUCAACGCCUUGGUAUAGAUGAAAACUUUAGUUCCGCUCGAGAUAUUCUUGCAAAAUCAGUAAUAGAGAAGAAAGAUGACAAUAAUUGCUCUGAAUCAGCGACGAAAAGUGGACCAAAAAAGCUGUCAAUAGCGAAAAAUAGAAAAAGAAAGAAUUCUAUUCUCACUGAUACCGAGAAUGACUUGAGUCAUCAUCCGUCAGGUGUCAAGAAACGAAAAAGUAUGGAAAUCAAAAAAGCUCGCACUUCUGAUUCCGUGGUGUCAUCGUCCGUAAGUUCGAGCAAUAGUAUUGUCCUAUUAAGCGAUCAGAAGCUGGACGAGAAAGUCCUGGAAAUUCACAGAAGUGAGGUUAACGAGCCUGUCCUUGCUCAUCCUAUCAUCAGCUCUGAUCUUCUUGCAAAUGUCGCUGGAAAACAAGAAACGUCGACACCAAACGUUAAUCCUGCCGUUUCUACUUCGGUUGAUGAUACGCAUUCUGCAAGUUUGGUCUCCUCAAAAAAAAACUCAUCUAAAUUGUUAAGCAAAUCUGCUAUUCAUGGCGUCGUUGAUGCGUCACACGCGAUUACUUCCAGUUCCGUCAGAUGUCGAGCCUCAGAAGUUAGUCCGUUAAUAAUAACUGCAGGCGCACCCAAUCAAGCGUGUAGUAGUCCAGAAGUAGCAAGGGUGCUCGUAGAAGUCGGUAACUUCCUGCAAGAGAGAUGCGCGAGUGAAGGCGGUGUGUUGGAAGUGACGGCGCUGAUGUUGCAGUAUCGUCUCAGUCCUAAUCAAGUGCGGGACGCACUCCUGGAUGUACCGGUACGUCUUACCAGUGGAACAAGCUCAAGUGCUGGUGACGUCUCUACAACACCAGCUGUUGCUGAACAGAAUAGUAGUCCUGGGACUUCUUGCACUGCUGCUGGGAACGUCUUUCCGUGUGCGCCGCAUCGUCCUCUUCUAAUAUACCUACCUUGUCAACCGUCACCUGAAGAAAAUCUGCCGUGCGCCGUGCGCGGCGGUGCGUGUACGUGGUGCGCGGUACUGCAAGAAGUUGUAAACCAGCCCCACUUGCAUCAGUUACACGUACGACUCAUCAGCACAGCUGGCGCCCAGAAAGAUCGUGAAGGUCUCGUGACGAGAGAGCAAAAGCAGGCUUAUCGCCGCCUACCGCUGGACUCGUCCCGAGAAGAGCUCCUCAAAGCCGUGUCUCUUAUUGAAGACAUGAUCAAGCAAAUCGCUAGCGUAAAGACGGAGCUGGCGCGGCAGGAGAUGCUGCUUGCCAUGAAGAAGACGUUCGAGGCAACCGUUUCAUGAUCUUACCUCAAUAUUAGGUAUUUGCUAAAUUCUUCUCUGUCAUGAAUGCCAUAAAUUGUAGAAGCUUUAUACCUCGCCUUAUAUAAAGCAGUAACACUGCAUAUUGAUACUGAUGACAUGCUCGUUUGUUUGAAAGUCAGUGCUUACGUAAGUCUCUUAACUUCUCCCCCCCCCCUUAUUUUCGAAAAGCAUCUUCUGAUAUCUUUUUGCUUUGUUCAUAUGAUGUUACGGGAAUUUCUAGCAAAUGACGCGGUGCUUCGUGGCUUCGCUUUGUGUGUGUGUGUGCUAGGAAAAUAAAGCCAUUAAACUCGCUGUGAAAAUCAUGCCCCGUGCUCCGAGUCUAUUCACAGUUCAUCUAGGUCGCUAGAUAGUUGAUAUGAAAACCCUUCUUUGCUGCUGUAAUCGUCAGUUCGUCUUGGGUUUUUUUUUGUUAUUUUCAUCCGACAAACUUAGAUCUUGUUCACUUGACACUUGUCAGGUUGUAUUGGUCUUGUUUUUUGUAUCUGUUAUCUGCACUUUCACUGUAUAUUUUAACUCUUACACUCGUUACACUCUUAUGUUAACUCUCUUACACUCACUCCCCUCUCUAUGUGAACUCUUUUGCUCUCACUACACACUUACUCUCCCUACACUCUCUCUCUAUGUCAACACUUGGCGCGGCAAUGGAUGAGGUGACACGAGAUAAUCAUUCAGCACUCCUCAGACUGCUACAAUAUCCUUGCCUAUAAUGCUCCGGGUUACUGACUGAUCUGGUAGCUAUUAGAUCGUCGAAUUAAGUGGUUUCUUUCCUUAUUAAAAUUACGGUUUUUCAUGCCAUAAAUGCAAGUUUGAGUAUUUUUCUCGAAUUAAUUACUUACGUGCUAGACAUUUAGUGUUUAUUGUCCGUUAAAUACUUUGCUUGUACUCUUCGUCUUGAAAUUGCUUUUGUUUUCUUCUAAAUCUUCUUACCAUGUAUGAUGACUGCCAGCGUUCUCUACUCAACUUUUUACAUUUAAGUAGGCUUCUGGUAAACGAAUUUCUGUUGGGCAUUAUUAUUAGGUGUGAUAGUUUGAGACGCAUCAGUAAUGCACUGAGUUAACCUCUGGUGUGCAAAUAAACCCAUCAAAAGUAUUAUAUAAGAUACUAUGCUUGAGGCUACAUAAGUUGACACAUAAUAUAAACCUAUUUCUUUAUAAGUUAUUUGCAUGCAUUUGAUCAGUUAUUGAACUUGCGACUUUCUAUUGCAGCUGUGAGCGUUACUUUACAACACGAUCUCAUCUUAUCGUAAGAAUUUUUCGCUGAUGCUUCCUUCUUUUCCGAAAUCUAUCGUUUAACAGAGAUUCAGUCUUUAUGUCUACCUGAAUAAGCACUGAAUUAAAGCUGGUGCGAUGCGUUGCGUGUACGCUGGUGCGCCGGCUCGCACUUUACGAUGACGGCUAAAUGUUUGUGUUGCGUUUUCUAUUCAUUCAUUCCUUUUCACCUUAAUCAUUUUACGUUACUUAUUGUAAUAAAAAUCAAAAUUCUAAAUUAAUUUUUUCAAUACAUUUAUUGAAUUAUCUUCUAAACCACUAUGAAUGUGAUGAAACUGAAGCAAUUUCCUUCAGUAAAUAUUAAGCGUGGCGUGAAUUGUAACGUUGAGUGCCACGUUAGCUGCCUUGUUUAUGCGCUAAGUUUUCAUCGCACGUUUAAUAAGUUUUCGUUUAUUGCGAAAAAUUAUGGGUACCUUCUGUGUCCAUUUGUUCCCGCCCUCUCGUCAAAUAAAGUAAACUAUUAAUGGAUUGUGAAACAAAUUCGUUAAUUUUGAUGAUAUCAACUCUACGAGGCAAUUCUGGUAAUUUCAUAAAUCAUUUAAAAAUUGCCUAAAGUGCUUACGGUUGUAAGUAUCACAGAGCUCCCUGGUGCAUGACAGUGAAGUGCCAUUGAGAGUUAAAUGCUGCUAACAUUACUAGCAUUACCUGCUACCAUUACUAGCAUUACCUGCUAUCAUUACCACUCACGCUAGCUAGGUUUGUGUUCUUGAGAUUCGUGAGAGAAGUGUCGUCGUUGUUUGCGAGUCGUUCAUGCUGGUUUUGUAGGACUAAAUCCUGAGCGUGGGGCGUUGUUCGGCGGUUGAAGCACUUAAUGCCGAGUAAUAUUUGGUUGUCGAUGAGCCCCAGGCCUUGUUGCUGGAAUGCUACAUCGUACCUCGCGUUCCCAUAGAGAUUAUUGACUCACUUUUUGGUACAUUGGAAUUGUUUAUUUUGAGAGCAUUCCUCGUGGAUAAUCUUUUUUUCAUAAUAUAUAGAUAGGAAGGUAGAUAAUUAGUUUGUAAUUUAUUUAUAUGUAUAUGAGAUGUCCGUUAAGAACAGAAUAGCGCCACCGACUAGUGUUGGUGACAUUUUUUUUUUUACUUUUACGUACGUAGAUCUCAUGUGGUGAUGAAAAUGUUUUCUUCUGAAAUUAUAUGUGGCUUACGAAAUUGUUAUUGUGGUCAAUGCCUUGCGUUUUGGUAUUUGAGAGACAAACAAGAAGAAAUCGUACUCGACUACUUUAUAUUUAUUUGGGAAGCAGCUUGUUGAACGUUCAUUAUUUUGUAGUUUUUGCAUUGUGGAUAUUCCGAGAAGUGGCAGCCAUCCUCCGCAUCUUCAUUGGCUCUGACUUGAAGUCUGCAGCGUUUUCUUCUUAAAGCAUCUCAGGUGUUCACCGAAAGCCGUGAAGGUUCUUGUUUUGCUUGACCAUAUUUCUGCAGUCAAGAUGACUUCCACGUACCAGUGAAGCUGUGUUCAUAGAGAUAGUUAGCUGCUCAACAUUGUUCUGAGUUCUUAUACAUCAUUUUCUCUCAAGAAUUUUUCGCCUCAAGGGCCGAUGAGUUCCACUCGAGGCUUCCUCUUAUAUGAGACGAGUUUCCCGUGAGCUCAGAGUUUAUUCGUGUCGUGGAGACCGUUUUUUUAUACACGUCUUGAUUCUUAACAUAUCGGUUAGCUCUGAACCUCGUAUCAAUUGAUGACUACUGAGUAACUUCAUUCAUCUUGAAUAACGCUGGCGUUCUUCACCAAAAAAUUACCAAAUUUACCUGCUUCGAGAUUUUUUCAGGUCUUGACUCAUUUCUGUGAGUACAUUCCGUAUUAAAGUUCUCGACUUAGUGUGGUAUUUUGCUUGAACUAAUUGUAUUGUCGUACAGUUCACACCAGUUCUGUACCCAGGACUAAGCAUAUAUUUAUUGUGUUAUGUGCAUUCUAUGUUGGACACGCUGCACUUCAGGUUAUUUUUCCCGUUAUUAUAGCCUUAUUGAUGUUUGUGUCGUGUGACAGCAAUCGCUGUAUUUUCUGAUUUGCGUACAAGACAGAAGUAAGCCAAGUCCACGAGUUAUAUGUGGGGUAAGACAAGUUGCUAGAAGUAAAUAUUCGUGACUAAUCACGACCUUCGAUGCCUGUUUCGUGAUUAUUAAAUUAUUUGCUCAUCA